CGAAAUUCAAUCCGAGGCACGCCAAAGCAGCCCACGUAUCUAUCUAUCAGUCAGUCAACAAAUGAAAUAAGCGAUUACCUCAUGUUUUCUCAAUAACCCACCCUCCUGCUCUCCCGGUCACCCCCUAUUAAACCCAACAACGCAAACCUCCUCAAUACUACUUCACACCAACAUUCUUCUCCUCUGUCUCUCCAUAUUUUCCACUACACUUUUUAUCUUCCACAAUCAUCAUGGGCAAGAUCAAGAUCGGAAUCAACGGGUUUGGAAGAAUCGGUCGAUUAGUUGCUAGAGUAGCUUUACAGAGAGAUGAUGUUGAACUGGUUGCUGUUAACGAUCCCUUUAUCUCCGUCGACUACAUGACGUAUAUGUUUAAGUAUGACAGUGUUCAUGGUGCAUGGAAGCACCAUGAGCUCAAAGUUAAGGACGAGAAAACUAUUCUUUUCGGUGAGAAGCCCGUGACUGUUUUUGGUUCAAGGAACCCAGAAGAGAUCCCAUGGGCUCAAACUGGAGCCGAAUACGUCGUCGAAUCCACCGGAGUUUUUACUGACAAGGACAAAGCCGCUGCUCAUCUCAAGGGUGGUGCUAAGAAGGUGAUCAUCUCUGCCCCGAGUAAGGAUGCCCCCAUGUUUGUUGUGGGUGUGAACGAGAAGGAAUACACCUCAGACCUUCACAUCGUUUCAAACGCCAGCUGUACCACCAACUGCCUUGCCCCUCUUGCCAAGGUUAUAAAUGAUAGGUUUGGUAUUGUUGAGGGUCUUAUGACCACUGUGCAUUCCAUCACUGCUACACAGAAGACUGUCGAUGGGCCAUCAUCCAAAGACUGGAGAGGUGGAAGGGCUGCUUCAUUCAACAUCAUUCCUAGCAGCACUGGUGCCGCCAAGGCUGUAGGAAAAGUGCUCCCACAAUUGAACGGGAAGUUGACCGGAAUGUCAUUCCGGGUCCCGACUGUUGACGUCUCGGUUGUUGAUCUGACCGUGAGGCUGGAAAAGGCUGCCACCUAUGAUGAAAUCAAAGCUGCUAUCAAGGAGGAAUCUGAAGGGAAAUUGAAGGGUAUCUUGGGUUACACUGAUGAGGAUCUGGUAUCCACAGACUUUGUGGGAGACAGCAGGUCCAGCAUAUUCGACGCCAAGGCUGGGAUCGCCUUGAAUAAGAAUUUUGUGAAGCUUGUUGCGUGGUACGAUAACGAGUGGGGUUACAGUUCUCGUGUCGUUGACUUGAUCGUUCACAUGGCAUCUGUGAAGUAAAUAUCGGUGAAGAGAUGAUGUCUUGUUAUCCAGCCAGCUUGUACUUGUGUUGUGUUGUGUGGGUUCCAUAAAAAAAAAAGUAGAUUUUGAGUAAUAAAAUGAAUGUUGGGUAAGAUGAAUAAGGUGGUUUGGUUCCCUACCUGUUUUCAUUGAUGGGUAGCAAAGCAAUCAAAUCAAAAUGUAGUAGGUGAUACCUUUUUGUGGUGUUAUGUUGUUUUUGGAGUGGGUAACCUCCUCUGUUUUAUGAAUUUUAUGAUAUAUAAAUCUGGCUUUUUUAUUUU